AUGGCCUCAGACCACCAGACCCAAGCGGGCAAGCCACAGCCCCUCAACCCCAAGCACCAGACAAACUUGGACUCCAGUUUCCACUCUGCCACUUGCCCGCCUGGGAUCCGCAGGUUGUCCCUUCGUUCUCAGGGUUCUGCCUCCCCCCCCCACGGAGCAGAUACUGCGUGCUCACCGUUGUGCUUCUCUGAGCCCUUCCAGCAACCCCGUGAGAUCAUCAUCUUUGAGCAAGAGAACUUCCAGGGCCACUCGCACGAGCUCAGCGGGCCCUGCCCCAACCUGAAGGAGACCGGCGUGGAGAAGGCAGGCUCCGUCCUGGUGCAGGCUGGACCCUGGGUGGGCUACGAACAAGCCAACUGCAAGGGUGAGCAGUUUGUGUUCGAGAAGGGCGAGUACCCCCGCUGGGACUCAUGGACCAGCAGUCGGAGGACGGACUCCCUCAGCUCCCUGAGGCCCAUCAAAGUGGACAGCCAAGAGCACAAGAUCAUCCUCUAUGAAAACCCCAACUUCACGGGGAAGAAGAUGGAAAUCAUAGAUGAUGAUGUGCCCAGCUUCCACGCCCACGGCUACCAGGAGAAGGUGUCGUCGGUGCGCGUGCAGAGUGGCACGUGGGUCGGCUACCAGUACCCUGGCUACCGCGGGCUGCAGUACCUGCUGGAGAAGGGAGACUACAAGGACAGCGGUGACUUUGGGGCUCCCCACCCCCAGGUGCAGUCCGUGCGCCGCAUCCGCGACAUGCAGUGGCACCAACGGGGCGCCUUCCACCCCUCCAACUAG